AUGAAUAUUCCCAUUUUUAAAGCAGCUAACCGAGCACACUCAAACCACGAAAUGCCUUAGCAACUUGUUGCAGCAACAUUUAGUGCCUACAUAUUAUUAGCAAAUAUCGAAGCCAAUAACAUAGAACGCAUUAUGCUUAGUGAAAUUCUUCUCAAAAUUUAUGAAAACCACUACGCAGUAAAGCCAAAAACAUAAAACCGAAGUGGUUAGCAAAUCCAAAACAUAGCAGCAAGCAAAAAAAAAGCAACAAAAACCACGCAACAUUUUAUGGAACAACAAAACCAUUUGUGCAGCAAAAAUGUUCAGCUCAGCGGAUGUGGCCGCAGUGCGUCAUGUGGUGCAACGCAUAUUGGUGCCAUGUGUAUUUGUGAUCGGAUUGCUGGGCAAUUCUGUGAGCAUUUACGUACUGACCAGAAAACGCAUGCGGUGUACAACAAAUAUUUACCUCACCGCCCUCGCCAUCACAGAUAUUAUUUACCUCACCAUGGCAUUGCUGUUAUCACUCAAACAUUAUGACUAUGUGCAGCGUCAAGUGGAAAUUUAUUGGAAAUGCUAUGGCUAUGUGGUGUGGCUAUGCGAUGCUUGUGCGUAUAUUUCCAUUUACAUUGCUGUGUGUUUUACGAUCGAACGAUUUAUUGCGAUACGUUACCCGCUUAAACGACAGACAUUCUGCACAGAAUCGCUGGCUAAGAGCGUCAUCACAGGAGUCGUCCUCUUCUGCCUGUUCUCCACAAUUUCGACAGCUUUCGAACAUCAGUAUCGCAUCACUAAGAAAUCAAUUGAUAUCCAUGGCAGCGCAUGUAAUAUAACCCUAGCGAAUGCGCCCGACCGCCUAUCAUUGCUACAACUGAAUUACAAUGAAAGCGUACGCCAGCAACAACAGCAACAGCGUCGACAAAAGGACCAACAAGAUGGCGAACAAAAUUUACCUGUGCAACAUUAUAUGCCAACAAUGCCAACGUCAAUAGCGACGCCAUACAUCGAUAUCGAGGGAAGUGGUGGCGGUCAGGCUGUUGCGGAUGAACGCACAGAGCAACGUAGUUGGCAGACACGGUCGUUGGAUUCCACAAUUGGGGCAGUAGCGAACAAAGAGGACAAUUUGAACAGCCGCAGUAGCAGCAGCAGCAGCCGAAGUAGGAAUAAUGAAGAAACAGGCAACAGAGAUGGAGACGAAGGCAAUGCGUGGAAGCUAAAACCGGAUGUAAUAUUGCGUCGUUUGAAACGUAAAGCGGAAGGCGGGUCCAAGCAUGCAGCUGGGGCCACCAUCACAGCGACGACACCAUUGCCAUUAACCGCCUUGCCGCACACACCGCUACUUUCUCUUGCUACACCUCUGCCAAUAGCGCUAACAACUGGGGAUGCGGUAACGCUUGAAUGGUCCGAACUGGCAGCGGUAGGAACAACAGCAACGGCAGCAUCGACGGCAUCAGCAAUCGGACCGAGUGGCACGCAAGUGAAAGCUUCUGCAGGCUCACUUUUAAAGGGAGCUUUCUUAACAGCAGCCAAUAGAAACAUUCCUAGCAUCAUUGUAAGCUAUCUACCCUUGGAUAGACACUCCGAACAUUUGUUCGAUUCAGAGUUUUUGAUGAGCGCUGGAAUUUCACUUGGAAGCGAGCAGUCCGUUAACGAAAAGGAUGAAGAACCCAAGAAAGAGCAACUAAUUGCUGAUUACAAUGGUGUGGAUGAGGAAUGGACGCCACAAACGCAAACCAAAGAUCAAGCAGCAACGAAACAGAAUGCCGAAGCGGUCUUCUUCAAUAUAACGGACUAUUGCGAGGAGGUGACCUACUAUCAAAACUGCCUAUCGAGCUUGGGCGAGAAUGCGCUCUAUACACGCCUGUGGUAUUUUUUUACACUUUUCAUUUUCGUUCUGAUACCACUAUGCCUGCUGGCCACCUUCAAUUGCUUCCUGAUAAUGCUUGUGCGACGUUCGAAGAAUUUACGCGGCGAAAUGACAAAUGCGAAUAGUAUACGACGUUCGCGCAUGAGCAGCAGCAGCAAAGCGCCACGCAAAGCGCACAGCUCCUCCGUUUCGCAGGAGAAUCGCAUCACUGUUACGCUGAUCGCUGUCGUUUUGCUCUUCAUCGUUUGCCAACUGCCUUGGGCUAUAUAUUUAAUUGUAUCGGAGAAUGUCGAUAUCGAUAACAAUGUGCAAGCGAUAAUUGGUAAUAUUUUCAAUUUUCUUGCCGCCAUCAAUGCGGCUGCGAAUUUUUUCCUCUACUGCGUACUCUCGGACAAGUAUCGGAAGACGGUGCGCGAGCUGAUAACUGGCUAUAAAUAUCGCGCGUAUGCGCGCAAUACCAGCGCUACGGCGAGCCUCUACACGAGUACGCAUGCGUCACAGGCGUUGAAUGGCAGUCGACGUUAUCGACCGACGUCAACGUCGUUAAUCGUGAAGUGAGCGUUGAAGUUAAAAUUGUAUGCUGUUUAUAGUUGAAUUUUGUGUGCUAUAUGUUGUUGUCUCUGAGUGCCUCGAUCGUUGAGUUUAACUCGUUAUCUAUAGCUUAGAAUUAUUUAGUUAUACAAGUAUGAAAUUUAAAAGCAAAUAUAUUUUGCGCUGGCUAAGUAUUGUAUUUAAGUUAAGCGAUUAGUUGUUAUUAAUUACGUGCCUAAGAAAAUGAGUCGAAAUUUAUUAUAAUUUUUGGUAAUUUUAGAAAUUUUUUUGAUAAUACAUAUUAUUCAGAAUGUAUUAAAA